CUUGUAGAAGUUCAACAAAAUUGGGAAAGUUAUUAGCCAUGUAAUUUUUUUUGCUAAUUGUAUUUUCCCCCAAAAAUAAAAAUGUGUCUUAAUCAAAAGUCAAAACUUGUGAUGUGUCCCUCCUACGGAGUAAUUCACAUUAAUAAAUCGGAAUCUCGGGAUUUAAAUAAUUAAUUAAUCUCCAAUUCCCAUUUUCCCACAAUAUAAUUCCACGUUGUUCCUCAAUUCUCUUCCCCCUUCCACACUUUCUCUCUCCGCACGAUAUUUGUCAGACAACUGACACAAGCAGUAACACAACUCUGCGUGAAGACGACGACGACUACGACGUCGUAUUAACGCUUCUCUCUCCUAUCUUCUCCACCAUUUCCGGCUGCUCUAGCUCUUCUUCAGUCAAACUCAGGUUUUCAACGAAUCAGCUCAAUUUUAAGAUCUGUUGAAAUUCUUUCAGAUCAAUAAUGUUUUUGUUUAAGAGUUCUCAAAACCAUGAUGCAAAUGACUCAUUGCAGCGAGAUGCUAAGGUAAAAGAACUCAAGGUGGCUCUUGGACCACUAUCUGGGCGUAGUUCAAAGUUAUGUACUGAUGCUUGCCUAAGGAGAUACCUGGAAGCAAGGAGCUGGAAUGUCGACAAGGCAAAGAAAAUGGUAGAAGAGACACUGAAAUGGAGGGAUACAUACAAACCCGAGGAAAUUCGAUGGCAUGAAGUUGCUCAUGAAGGUGAGACAGGAAAGGUUUCCCGAGCAAACUUUCGUGAUCGCGAAGGAAGAACUGUCCUUAUAAUGAGGCCUGGGAAGCAGAACACUACAUCUGGAGAAGGUAAUGUCCGCCACUUAGUCUAUUUGUUAGAGAAUGCCAUCCUCAACCUGCCCGAGGGCCAAGAACAGAUGGUGUGGCUGAUAGAUUAUACAGGCUUUUCAAUGAGCACUAGUUUAUCAGUCAGAACAGCCCGAGAUAUUAUCAAUAUUUUGCAGAAUCAUUAUCCUGAAAGACUUGGACUAGCAGUCCUUUACAACCCACCGAGGAUCUUUCAGGCAUUUUGGAGGGCUGUAAAAUAUUUCCUGGACCCUAAAACUUCACAGAAGGUGAAGUUCGUUUACCCUAAGAAUAAGGACAGUGUGGAGCUAAUGAAGUCCUACUUUGAUGUGGAAAACCUUCCGAAGGAGUUUGGGGGGAACGCCACAUUAGAAUACGACCACGAGGAAUUCUCGAGAUUGAUGGCCGAGGACGAUGUAAAGGCUUCUAAAUAUUGGGGAUUUGACGACAAGCCGUGUCACGCUUUUCAAGGUCGUGCAGGUCGAGAUAUAGCAGUAGUGCAGCCCGUUGUUACCAGUGGACAUUCAAAAGCUGAAGUAUUUCCCGAGCCACUAUAGAUAAGGGCAGAUAAGGCAGCAUUAGCAAAGUAUUGUUACACUGUCAAUACUGAAUUACUGAUAGAUUGUUGAGUAAUUAGUGCAGAAAUCAAGCAUUCAGCAGUCUUGGUGAUGGAGUUGUUCCUAUAAAUAUAGCUUAAUAAAUAAUGACUGUACUUUGCUAUGGAAAGAAUUACAGCUUUGUUGUUGUGCCUCAGUUUUAUUUUGCAUAUGUGCAGAGGACCGAUUACGGCUGUAAUUGUUAUGCAACUCAACAGUACUACGUAAUAGAAUUGUCCUGUCUAAUGAGUAGAUAUUUCAAAUAAA